CUACUAUAAAUUCGGGUUGCAGUAUAUGAACCCCGAUUCUGGGCCGAGGAGCCACAGUUGCUGUUACGCAAAGGAAUCAUUCUUCGUGUGAUUUAGGAGUCUCCACUUCACAGCUUUGUUUGCUGAUCAGGCUCACAUUGACCAGAAAGUUGAGUCAUGUCGUACUCGAUCAGAAUCGAACCCGAUGCUUCAGCUCACGACAUUUAUAUUGAGCUGAAAAAUGGAGAAAGGCUGUCCGGAGAGGUCAAAGUUACAAAACAAGGCACAGCCAUUGAAUUUAAUCAAGAACCGAAAGAGAUCAUCCUCCGACGGCAAGCAUCUUUUGUUAAAAGGAUCUUCACGACAUUUUACUGCAAAUACAUUGAGGUGGAGAGAAUGGGAUCUGUCUUCUACUUUCCGGUCUUCAGAAACGUUUCUAUCACGAAAGAGACCAUAGCAGAAGGUUCAGGAAAGCUGCCUUGGGAAGAUAAGCAGACAAGGGAGGAGGGGAUGGCAGAGAAAAGGAAUCUCCAGCAGCUGGUUGGCUGGGCUUCACCUCCUCUCAGUGCACCUUCCAAAGUAGCAGAGUCACAGAAUUUAACAAACACCUUCUCCCUCAUGUCACUGGCCAAACAUCAUUCCAGUGGGAUUAUUUCGGCGCUGGAUUCAAGGAAGAGGAGCAAAUUGGCGAAUAAAAUGAAAGGUUGUAGAGCACCCAGCCCAACCAUAUCUCCUCAGUACAGCGAAAACGAGAGCCAAUGGAACCCGAUCAACGGUCUGAUCCGUUUUCUUGUGAUAUUUCAGGAAAAAAUGUCCAGAGCACUAAACACGGUCCACACAAGCGGCCUUCCAAGCUUUGUGGAUGAAGGCCGGUUCGUCAUGCUACCAGAGAACUUGUGGUUCGGCCCCCUCAAACUUCUGACGCUAUUCAAAAAUUUCAUGACUGUGACCAUUCAGACUUUGCUAAGAAGACUUGGUAAUUUUGGCCGCACAUGGAGUAAGAUUGAUGACAUCAAAAGAGUGUUUUUAUUUCCAAGUAAAAGAGCAGUGUACAUCUCUGAGAACUGGAAGGAUGAUGCCUUUUUUGGGAGCCAGUUUCUUAAUGGAUGUAACCCGGGAAUGAUAGAGAAGUGCACUGAAUUCCCAGAGAAAAUUCCAGAGAUAACGAAAGUGUAUCCUAACAUCAAAGAGCUCAUCCAGAAUGGGAAGAUUUAUAUGGUUGAUUAUAAGCUGCUUGAUGACGUCAAAGAGGGCGUCAUUGAUGGUCAUCAGCAGUAUCUGGCUGCACCAAUCGUGCUUCUUCAGGAGACGGACGAGGGAUUGAUGCCCAUCGCUAUCCAGUUGAAACAGGAGCCCGGUAAAGAGAACCCCAUCUUCACUCCAAACGACAAGCCUGAGGCCUGGCUUCUGGCAAAGAUCUGGGUCCGUAACUCUGAUUUCUACCUGCACGAGCUGAUCUCCCACCUUCUGAGGACACAUCUGCUGGCUGAGGUCUUCUUCUUCAGCAUCUUCACGUCACUGCAUGAUGAGCACCCAAUCCUGAGGAUCCUUGCUGCCACGGGGAGAUACACGAUACCAAUCAACGUAACUGCCAGAGCCACGCUCACCAACGACACUGGCUUCUUUAUGAAGUACACAGCCUUCGGCAAGGCCGCCCAGUGGGAGGUGUUGCAGAGAGCCUUCAGCCAAGUAUCCUACAAGAGCCUCUGUCUGCCUGACAACCUGGAGAGCCGUGGAGUGCAGAAUCUGACGAACUAUUACUACAGGGAAGAUGCCCUGGCUAUCUGGGAUGCAAUAUCUGAGUUCCUUCUGAAGGUCAUUGAUACGUACUACAAAGAUGAUCACGAUAUUAGAAGGGACACUGAACUUCAGAACUUCUUUUCGUAUACUUACCAUUAUGGACUCCAGGGAAAAACAGAUUUACCGCAAAGCGUGGAGACCAAAGCGGAGGCGGUGAAAUACCUGAGCAUGGUGAUGUUCACCUGUUCAGCUCAGCACGCCGCUGUGAACCACGCACAGUAUGAUACUUACGCCUGGAUGCCAAACGGUCCCACAACGAUGAGGCAGCCCCCACCAAAGCACAAGGAUCUGGUGGAUGAGCAAUACAUCGUGAAGACUCUGCCUGGCUUGGCGGCCACCCUGGAGGCCAUGUCUGUGUCCCGGUUCCUCAGUCAGGUCUCCAAAGACUUUGUUGCCCUGGGAACUUACGUGAAUGCAGUAUCCAGUGACCCACGUCUGAGGGAUUCGAUCAAGAAAUUCCAGACACGGCUAAAAGCAAUUGGGAAAGCAAUUAAGGAGCGGUCAAAGGAGCAGCCCUUCCCUUACGAGUACCUGUACCCCGCUGGAAUUGAAAACAGCAUCGCCAUCUGAAAGACGGGGUCGCGACCCAGAAUUUAAUGUCCUUCACUUUGAUUUGCUAACAUUACUCACGUUCUUGUUUCUGAUUGGUAGGUAGUAGAUGCUAUUAAUUGAGAGUUGAAGCUCAUAGCUGGUGUUUGGGUGAUGCAUGUGAUGGGAUUCAGCAAAGUAACACUGUAAUCCAGGGGCGUUUCACUGAUAUUUAGACUGUAUCACACUGCAUGUUCCUAAAGCUGCAGGCAAUUUCAGCUUCCAUUCCUUUAGUGUGUAACACCAACGAUAACGGGGGCUUUUUUCACUUUAGGAAUUAAUGUCUUCACAUUUUUUUGAUUUUUGCCUGAGACCAGAAUGGUCUUAUAUACAGAAAGCAGUUAACAAGGAAUACAUGUCAUUUUGUGAUAUUCCACUAGGGGGCAUACUAAUUCCACACAUUACUCAUAUGAACAUUUCAUGUAGAAUUUCGUCAAUAAAUGACUACCAAGA